GGUGGCGCUGGACACAAACGAAACUCUUCACACCAACACAUGGUUUUUGUUUGGCAGAAAACAGCCGAACGCGUUUGAAGUUAAGAAAUCGUUUUAUGUUGUUCAGGUUCGUCUUUACAUGAUGUAGCGGACAUGAGCAGCAGCUACCCCACGCCGGUUUACUCCCACGCCGGACGCGGAAGCUUCCAGGACGUUUACGAGCCGGCGGAGGACUCGUUCCUGCUGAUGGACGCCCUGGAGAAAGAUGCCGAGAGGUUGCAGCAGAUGAGCCCCUGCGUGUGCGUGGAGGUGGGCAGCGGCUCCGGAGCGGUUUCUGCUUUUCUGGCGUCGGUGGUCGGACCUUCAGCUCUCUACCUCUGCACUGAUGUGAAUCCAGCUGCAGCUCAGUGCACAGCCAGAACCGCCUGCUGUAACCGGGUCGCCCUGCAGCCCGUCAUCACAGACCUGGUGCAGAGUCUUUUUCCAAGGCUUUGUGGGACGGUGGACGUCCUCCUCUUCAAUCCUCCCUAUGUGGUGACGCCAUCAGAAGAGGUGGGCAGCAGAGGCGUGGAGGCGGCCUGGGCUGGAGGAGAGCGAGGCAGACAGGUUACUGACAGGUUCCUCCCUCUGGUUGCUCAGCUGCUCUCCAGUAGAGGCCUGUUUUACCUCGUCACCAUCGCCGAGAACAAGCCAGAGGAGAUCAUCAGGUUAAUGAGGCAGUUUGGGCUGGAAGGAGAGACCUGCUUGUCAACCAGAGCUGGGAACGAGAGGCUGUCUGUCCUGCGUUUCUAUAGAAACCAGCAGAGGUGACGGUGAAAGGUUGCUUAGGAACCAGACGGCCCACCACCCAGGCCUCAUCAUUGACCUGUAGCUGAGACAGAACCUUCUGAGCAUCAGCCGGGCCGAC